GGCCGAGCGUCAGUCCUAGGCUGGAGCCGCCUGGCGCUUUCUCUCCGAUGGCGGCGCCUUUGAUUCAGUGGCUGCUGCUUACCUUGCCGGGCCUCUUGCAGACCGGCCUUGCCCUACCUUUCCCCAGAGCCGGCUCCGAGCCCACCCAGAGCUGUUCGGUGGUACUGGACCCAGAAUCCGGCCAGCCCAAAAUUGCAAGCGGCUGGGAUCCUGAUGCGGUCGCCCGGGCCAACCUCAGCGACAGCAUUCGGAGCAACGGAUGGGCCUUCUUAGAACUGGCCACGAAUGAGAAGUAUAAUGACAGCCUCCAGGCCUAUGCAGCAGGGCUGGCUGAAGCUGCAGUGUCUGAGCAGCUCAUCUACAUGCACUGGAUGAACACCAUGGUGGGCUACUGUGGCCCCUUCAAGUACCAAACGGACUACUGUGAGAAGCUGAAGAGCUAUAUUGAAGCUAACCUAGCCUGGAUGGAGCAAGAGAUGGAGACCCAGCAAAAUUCCACGUACUGGCAUCAGGUUCGCCUUGCCUUGCUUCAGUUGAAGGGCCUUGAGGAUGGUUACAACGGACGUGUGGCCUUCCCUUCUGGCAAGUUCUCCAUCACCCCCUUUGGCUUUCUCUUGUUCCAGCUGGGGGGCGAUUUGGAAGACCUGGAAGCAGCCUUCAAUAAAUCGGAAAGCCAGCAUGUCCUUGGUUCUGGCUCCUGCUCGGCCUUGAUCAAGCUGUUGCCUGGCAACCAGGACCUCCUAGUCUCCCAUGACACAUGGAACACAUAUCAGUCCAUGCUGCGCAUCAUCAAGAAGUACACCUUGCCAUUCCGGACUUCUGCUCAGAGUGACACCGUGAUUCCUGGCUACACUCAGGCUUUCUCAUCAUAUCCAGGCACCAUUUUCUCAGGAGAUGACUUCUACAUCUUGAGUAGUGGCUUGGUGACUCUGGAAACCACUAUUGGGAACAGCAACAGUGAUUUGUGGAAGUACAUCCAGCCCAAGGACAGUGUUCUGGAAUGGUUGCGCAACAUAGUGGCCAAUCGGCUGGCCCAGAGUGGAGAAGAGUGGGCACUUCUCUUCAAGCAGUUCAACAGUGGCACGUACAAUAACCAGUGGAUGAUUGUGGACUACAAGUCUUUCAUCCCAGGCAAGUCUGGUCUCCAGAAGGGUGUGCUGAUGGUCCUGGAGCAGAUUCCUGGGAUGACGGUUGUGGAUGACAAGACCCAGGAGCUGUAUCAGCAGGGUUACUGGGCAAGCUACAAUGUGCCGUACUUUAAAGAGGUCUUCAAUGCCAGUGGCCUUCCUGGGUUGGUGAAGAAGUUUGGCGACUGGUUCACCUUUGACAAAAAUCCCAGAGCCCAGAUAUUCCGGCGCAACCAGACUCUCAUUAGGGACAUGGCCUCUAUGAUUCGACUCAUGCGAUUCAACAAUUUUCCAAAGGAUCCACUGUCUCGGUGCCAAGAAUGCAACCCACCGCAAAAUGGGGAGAAUUCGAUUGCUGCCCGCUCAGAUCUCAACCCUGCCAAUGGCACAUAUCCCUUUGGGGCCUUGCGCCAGAGAGCACACGGAGGCACUGACAUGAAGGUCACUUCCUUUGAGAUGGCCAAGAACUACAACUUCAUUGCCACCAGUGGGCCUACCUGGGACGACCUCCCUCCAUUCCAGUGGAGCACCUCCCCCUUUGUCAAUCUGUUGCAUAUGGGCCAACCUGACCAGUGGAAAUUCUCUCCCAUCCAAGUCUGCUGGGGCUGAUGCUCAUUAGUCCGGGCUUUAUGAGUGUGCAAUCCCAGCUGUUGGGGUGUAGCAGAGAAGUGGAUGUUGCAUCUUUGACUGGUUCUCAUUGAAGGAAUAGCAGAUGCAUUAUUUUUUAUUCUUGAAAGGUUGAGAGCUUUUGAGAAUGAUGGGAUGUAAUUAGAGUUCUGUGUGCUCUGCAAUUGCACAAGAAUACAGUGGGGGAGAUGCAGAAUGUGGUUUGUGGAUGCAAAACACAGCUACCUGAGAAUGUCAGCUUUGUUUUUUUAAGGACAAGUUUCUAGCCCUUACUAACUGCAAUGCUAUGUUUGCAAAUUUGUGGGCAAAUGUUUCUUUAAAUCUCAGCAUCUAGAGAGAGGCUAAAUAAGAUUUCCAUGGGAAGUGGCUACAUCACCCUGUGAUAGUUCUUUGUGUUUUGCCCAUUUCUACCAAAACCUGAGCAGAGUCCUGGGCAGAAUUACACUCUUGUAAGUCCUUUGAAAUCAAUGGGCAUAGAAAGGUGUUAAGCACUGUACUGCAGAUUAUGCAGAAUGAGAGGAAUCCUGUAGGUUAGAAUAAUCUGUGCAGAUGACUGAAUUCAGCUUUGCUCAAUGCUGAAUUUUAAUCUUACUUAGUCUGCAUCUGAUACAUUUAUAAAAAAUGUCAUUGAGAGUGAUGUUUGUGUUUUCUUUUCCCUCCCAGACAGAGACAGGAUUGCACUUUCUGUCUUUGCAUUUCCUCUGUUUUGCUCUGCUGCUGUUCCUGAGUUUAUGAAGCUCCAGCAGUCUCCCUGGAAGUGACAUCCAUUUACGUUUUUAAACCAGUUUCACGCUCGAGGAAAAUGCUUAGCAUUGCAUUUUGUAGAUUCCAAGCUAGGGAGUUCUCUCUUGAAUGUGAUUUACCAAAGAUCUGAGUCCACAGGUGCUGCAGGCUGAGACUAGUCCUAAAUUGACUUGUUGUGUCUUGGGAUGAAUAGCGCACACAUGGGUAUCAAAAUUCCUAGGGUUCCUAUGAAAAGAAGCACAAGAGAAUGUUUUCUGUUUCUAGUGCAGACAUAUACAUAGUUUCCUCCAUUUGGUUCAACCUGACCUCCAUUUAGUUCUUCCUUGUGUCUUUAAGUAAUACUUCCCAGCUGAUCUGUGUGUGUAUAUGCACAUCACUGUGUAUGUUUGUUUAUGACUACAAAUGAAGAAUUUACCUGCUUGUCCAAAAAGCAAUCCCUAUGCUUGAAAGAAAUGUUUGUCCUUUCUAGAAAUUAUUUUGUUACUAUUGUCUUGAAUUAGAGUUGUGUUUACCAUCCAUGUUGAGCUGCAGAGCUUAAUUUUACAUGUUGUAUUGAUCAUGUGAAGAGUGCCUUUCCAGCAGUUCUGAAAACCCGCCCCCCUCCCAAAUAUCUUUCAAUUGGUUAGAGUUUCUGAAGGAGAAGGUAUUCUUGCUUUCAGUUAAGUAAGUCUGAAUUUCAGCAUCGCUUUGAAAAAUCAAACUGUUGCCUAAGAUCCUACUGCAAGACCUCAGGUUUCUGGCAUAUGGAAGGAACGUUUCCCCUGUGCCGGUGUCUGUCGAUUCCUGACCUCAGCAAGAAGCACAAAAGUGUUUGCAGUAUCUUGCAUCUCUGUGGCUGAUUCCAGGGGCAAAGCAAAUUUAAAAGGGAAUUUGGCCCAGUUGAAGGCUGCUUGGUAGUUUGUGUGUUGUCUUUAAUAUAUGGAAGAGCCUGGGCUCGCUUUGCUGGCUCUGUAAGAUACCAUCUCUACUCCAGCCCCUUCCUCACUUCUUACUGUCUAGUUGAAUCCUUCUCUUAUCUGUCUAAGAGAGACUCUGAGCCCUUUGAGAAGGGAUCAUUUUGGUCAGUACAGGAAUAGUGUGAAGUCAUUUCUGUUAAUCAAAAUAAGGACUUUUAAAAAAAAACUUCAUGACACUAAACAAAGGCUGCUUCACACAUGGUUUUUUGGGUGUACAUAUAAGUUAUGUUUAAAUGUGCCGCUAAAUGCUAAAGAAGAGAGAGAGGAAUCUGGCAAGGAGGUUUUGUAAGCAGGAUAUCCACAUUAAAGUGUUAGGAUUGGCUGCAGUCCCUCUUAAGUGUCCAUUGAGUUGCCUUCCGAGGUUUGUGUCCUUGUAAUGUAUGAAUCAGCCGUACCCAAAGCACCUUUUGAACCUUUUUGGCUGUACCUAUGUGUACAGGUGAAUGUUGCUAGUGCAGAACAGAAAUGAGAAAGCCAGUUCUAACUUGAUCAUAUGAUUUAGCCAGUAAGGGUUUUUUUCUUGCUAUUAUUAACAAAAGAAAUAGGAAUGAGCAUUUAUUCAAAACAUGUGCACCUUACAUGGACCCUCUAUGACUUUCUCCUGUCUCCAGUCAAAGGGGAAUUGAUCUGUUUGGAAGUGCAGAGCCUCCCCCUUUAGAUCAGGGUAUGGGUUCAUUAGCCAUAUGAAGGAAUUUGUGUCUCUCAUAUAAAAAAUGAAGAACAUUUGAUUUUUUUUUCUUUAAUAAACAUCUAAGCGAA